ACGCUUGCCACAAAAAUCUUUUUCGGGGAACCAAGUAAUUUCCCCCUUUUCUUUUGUUCCAAUAUUGCUGUAAUUACCUCCUUAACCACUGUUUAACAAACAAGUUUAUUGUUAAAAUUCGAUAUGGCAGAUCUGGAUGACUUUUUCGCAAAGAAAGAUCGCAAAAAGUCCAAGUCAAAAAAAUUUGCAACCGCCGAUGAGUUAGCUAAAAAACUUGAGGAUACCAAACAGAAAUCUGAUGUGAGACCGAAGAAAGACCGACCAGCACAGGAAGGUGACGAGUCUGGUCGAACAGCGGAGGAAGAGGAAUGGAAGGAAUAUGAGGAACCAGUGAAAGACUAUACAGGACUCAAGAUCCAGGUGCUGCAAGGCGGAAACGGAGCCCCCGAGUCUGCGCCGCAGUCUGAGGACUCCGCCCCUGAAGGUGGCAAGGUUAAAGGACCUUGGAACAAACCUAAGCAAGCAGAGCAGCAACAAGUUGAGCCGCCGCCGCCGCAGCAGCCAAAGCCGCCGGUGGUCGAAGAGAAAGAGAAAGCGUAUGUGCCUCCCGGACGCAUGCGGGCCGCCGCUGAACCGGUCCCGCGCCGGAACCAAUCCAAACACGCGCCCGACAUCCACAACGACGACUACUUCCCGGUGCUGGGUGCGGCGGGCGGCAAGCGCGGCGGCGGCUGGAGCACGGCGGGCGGCGCGGGCGCCACCAGCCAAGCGCAGCCGCGCUCCCACCAGCGUCAGCCGCUCGCGCUCGGCAACCGUUUCACCACGCUGCAGGACGACAGCUAGCCAGGUUCCAACAAACCGUGCAGCAAAGAAAAGCAGUGAAGUGUCGAUAUGGACUUGUAAGCGAAGCCGGGGGCUGUACCUACUUUACUAUACCGUCAGAACAACAGUGCAUUUCCUCUCCUUUGUAAAUAUACCCAUCCUAGACAGUUGCUAUUAGGGAAAAAUACGUUUAAUUUUCAUAAAUGUUGCCAUUUCUUCGACUGCCGCGUUUAAAGGGAUAUAAAAUUUAAAAUAUGGAUUUUUGGACCCAUUGUCUGAUAUAUAAAAAAUAUUGCGGUGACGUUUUUAAUGACAGUCUAAACUCUGACAUUUUAAGUGAGAUCUUUGCAGUUGCAGUGCAGCACUAAAAAUGGUAGAUUUUUUCCAAUAUAUAAAUUCAAGCUUUAAUUUUUAAAUUUUCCACUAAAUACGCGCUCUUAGACGGCAACACUCGAUGAAAUGUCAUAAAGUACACAAACACUCUAAUACAAUUUGUGUUUUUUCCCCUAUUAAAAUAACGUAGCAAGACGGUACUUAAGAUUUUUUUUUAAUUUACCGAUUUGUAUAGUCUUUAGAAAUCUUGUUUUUUUAAAACUAUAAAGUGGACAAUAACUCUGCCUAAGCUUUCUUCCGCAAAAGGGUAAAAAGGGUAAGAGUCAACAAAUGGAAGUUUUAUAAAUAACCAACAUUUUAUAGAAUAAAUUUCUCCCAAAAUAAUCAGGGCAACUGUCUAAAAAAAGUGUAAAAGCAAGAAAGAAGUGUGAAAACUGAUACAUUUGUUAUUUUUUAUGUUUUAUAUUGAGAAAAAAAAAUUUCAAACGAUUAUGUUGAGCGUUGAAUAAAAAACAUUGGUAAAAAAAUUAUUUAAGAGCAGUCGGGGAGCCAAGCGUGGAUUGCAAUUAGAUGAAUUAAGUAAAAGGAUGGCCUUGGACCUCAAUAAUGAAAUAAAUUUGUAUCCUAAUAAUUAAAUGUUAUUUAAUGAAACAGUAUAUUUUAAAAAUAAUUUCGUAUCAAGUGUACGUUUCUUAUGAAGCUGGGGCGUAAACAUUUCAAAAUACGAAUGAGUGAAUGGAACUUAUAUUUAUUCGUUCUAAAUUUAAACGAAUGGAAGCUAAACGGAAAUGUACAUUUGCACGGAAUAUUGGCGCAAAUCUUAACUGUAUACUUUCAAAUGAACGAACAUAUAUUUGAACUCAAAAAUACGUGAUACUCCUUGAUACUUAAAUUACAAUUUUAUAAUUAACAUAACUAUAACUUAAGAUACAGAAACCGACAAACAUCUUGAGCAAAAAGUGGCGUAGUGGGGGAAAGUAAAUAAUUAUCAUAUAUUUUUUAUUUUUCUCUUGUCUUUCUGGGAAUAUGUAAAAAUACAGCUUAAUGCGCGCGACUGUAUCCGGGAUGUCAGCGAGACCUAGAUUACCUGUACCCCACUACCAAAGAGACUAAAAAUGCAUUCCUGCGCAUUCGAGGUCAUUGUUCAAAAUGUUUGCCGGUGUCUGUACUUAAUAUUGUCACAAAAUCAUUUGAAAGAAAACAAGUUCUCAGUAAAGCUACAUUUUCUGUACUGGGUAAAUAUUAAGUUGUUUCUGAACUUUAACAGACAUCAAUAUUAACAACAUUUUAUAACACGAGAUCGAAUCAUCUGUAUCAACGGACAAAUCAUUUAGUCAAAUGAAUAUGAACAUUUUUGUAUGGAACUGCAGUUUGUCUCUUGAAACGACUUGAUUGUUACCCAUUGAAAGUGUCAAACUAUAGUUGUUUUUCAUACUUCUAUUUUAAAACCUACCUCACCCAUUUAACGCAUUCAAGUCCCCAAAGUAUGAAGUCACAACUUGGUAUUAUUUCCUUUAACAACAAACUUAUCUAUGAUUAUUGAUGUUCGCUGUUCCCUAUUCAAAUAACAAAACCACCUAAUUAAGGAAUGUGUGCACCGCUCAACAAAUUUGUCACAACUUCG